CGCACCCUUAAAACCACCAUCCAUUGAGUCAGCAGUGUGUCAGCAGAGCAGAGAAAUGGCUGGAACAAUUUCGGACAUAAAAAAGCUAGACUACGAUAUUUACAAAUACUCGAGCUAUUCGUCGUCGUAUUUGCCGGAAAACAUUCGAGAGGACAACCCAUCGAACCAAACGUCACGCUGGUCAUCGAACUCCAACACACCGCCCCAAUAUUUGGUCUUGAAGCUGGAACGGCCAGCGAUCGUGACGAAGAUUAAGUUUGGAAAGUACGAGAAAACGCAUGUCUGCAAUCUGCGCAAAUUCAAAAUCCUUGGUGGACUGGAAGAGGAGCGAAUGGUGUUGCUAUUCGAAGGCGGUUUAAGAAACGAUUCAGUGCCGGAAACGUUCAACUUAAAGCAUCGCACAAAUUCCGGCGAGCUGUUGCCGAUCAAGUUCAUUCAGAUCGUUCCGCUACUGUCAUGGGGUCCAAGCUUCAACUUUUGCAUCUGGUACGUCGAGCUGCUGGGCAUCGAGGAUUCUAUGUUCAUUUUGUCAAACUUGCGAAAGUACAACAUGCUGCGAGAGGUGGAGAUCGUUCGACUCUUUUUGAAGCACUGUCGGCAGCAGGGAUAUGUAAACUCGUUCAGCGCACUGCAAGAGGAGACGGGCGUUAAGCUGGAGGACGAAAAGAUGACGGAGCUGCACGAAACGCUUGUAAAUAGAGGGGAUUUUAAGAAGACUGAAGAGAUGCUGGUUGGUUUUAUUGAAAACGGCCUAAUGGAUAACUACCUCGAGAGACAGGAGUACAAGCCCCAGUGGAGUUUGCAGCUGACGCCGGAGAACGAACCCCGGCCAGGGCGUCGGGGUGGCCAUCAGUUGAUCAUCGAUCCAAUGACUAGCACAAUAUAUCUUUACGGUGGAUGGGAUGGGAACGAGGAUCUGAGCGAUCUCUGGUCGUACGAUGUGAAGACUAACCGGUGGACGUUGAUCCACGAGCGCUCCGAGCUAUUGGACGGACCGACACCCCGAGCGUGCCACAAGAUGGUGUACGAUACACGGAAUUCGCAAAUUUUCAUGCUAGGCCGCUACCUUGACAGUGCAUCACGUACGGAAGAGAACAUUAACAGCGAUUUCUACCUGUACAACACCAUCACCAAAACGUGGUUCCUGAUCUGUAACGACACCAGCCAGGUCGGCGGCCCGCAGCUUGUGUUCGAUCAUCAGAUGUGCAUCGAUGUGGACAAGCAGACGAUCUACGUAUUUGGGGGCCGCAUCCUCGAGCCGAAUUACAGAGUUUCUUUGUCGUUUAGAAACGAGGAGGAAACGACUGGUCAGUAUCGGUAUUCGGGGCUGUUUUCUUACCACAUUAGUACCAACACCUGGGCGCACAUACUCGUCGACUGUGAACACCCAACCGCGUCCAGCCCCUACGUCCAGAGCAUUCGGUCUAGAGUAACUCAUUCAAUGCUGUUCCAUCAUAAACAUCGUAAGCUGUACAUCUUCGGUGGUCAGCGAGGCAAGGACUACAUGACGGACUUUCUGAUCUACGACGUGAACACGAACGAGCUCUCGAACAUGACCCCGGAGAACAAUAAUACCGACACGAAAAAUGUUCCGCAAUCGGGAUUCACGCAACGAGCAACGAUUGAUUGUGAAAAGGACGAGAUAUACGUUUUAACGAGUCUAAGCAAGGAGAAGGAGCGGCGUGAUUUGAACAUCAAUUCCUUUUGGUUGUUCUCGCUGUCGAAGAAAGAAUGGUGCUGCGUGUAUAAGAGUGAGCAUUCGAAUGGGGAAAAUUGUUACCAGAAGAGUCAAAACACCUGCCAUGAGCCAUGCCCGCGGUAUGCGCACCAGAUCGUGUACGACACCACCAACCAAGUGCAUUUCCUGUUCGGUGGCAAUCCUGGAACGAACUCGAACGUUCGGUUGGACGAUUUUUGGGUGCUGCGGCUCGAGAAACCGAACCGGGGCAACAUACUGCGCUACUGUAAAUACCUGCUAAGGAAGCAAGAGUACGAAGAGAUCACUAAAAACGAUCCCCUGUCGGCAAUACUGUACCUGCAAACGAAGCUGUACGACAUCAUCGAUCACAGUGAUCCCGUUCAGUUGAAAGAAUUUCACAAGCUGGCCUCGUUGCUGUUCAAGUCCGAUACGGUGGACGGCGAAACCGAACCGACGAGCCUGCUGACCUGUCCGCUCGCUUCAACCGCUUCCGCAAGUGCUCCCGUUGGCGGUAACAAGCAUAAACAACAACGGGCCGAUGAUGACGGUCACAAGGAGGAGGAAAACUUGGCCAAAGUGAUGCGCGUUGAAUCACCGAAAAGUGUCGAAGAAGCCGACACAUCCAGCAUUAGCUCGAUGAGCAGUAGCGAUUGCUCGCAAAAUCAACCGCAGCAAGGUGCUGCAGCACAACAGCCGCCCGAGAAGCUAGAGGGAAAUAGUUCGGCAGCGAACUCAACCGUUCCCCAAAAGCCGAAUGCCGCAAAGGAUGGCGACGGUGGGCGGGCUGCGAUAGAAGCCAAUGCACCCACACCCUCGACAUCCCGUUCGAGCGGUGGAAUGGCGCGCAAUCGAGCUAUCGAUCAACAGUUCGAGAUGAAGAUACGCCGAUGUUUGUUGUUUAACAAGCUGGUUGACCUGAUGCCAGAGGCACUGUGCCAGCCGAAGAAAAACAUUAGCGAUUUUGUGCUACUGUAGUAAAACACCCUGCAGUAUUGUAGCAUCGGAUGGCCGCGCAUGUUUUCUAUUGAGCAGGAUGCGCAGGUAACUUAGUAAGCGAUGAUGAUGGCGGCAGCAGAAAAAAACACACACACACACAACACGGAGCAGAUUUUAUGAUAUUUCGGGAGGACACUGCCAGUAUGUCUGCGUGCUCCAUUCUUCCCUCUUGAAACGUUCUAUUGUCGAUCAUAAUGUGAUACAAUUGCAGUCCUGCGGGUAAAUGGAAAAAAAACAAACACGACGAACAAAAAGCAUAGCUUCAUGUGUGAGGUGUGAAUAUGACACUCAGUACAGUGCUUUCACGAUUUGAUUUACAUCCUUAGUAAUAGAGACCGAUCAGCAAGGAAAUUGAGCGUUUUGACGGAAAAGGAUCGUUGUAGAGGUGUAGUCUUCGAAGCAUUCAGCUCUCGCACGCCAUUAACUUUAUUUGCAACUUUGCGCGCUUACAUACUAUUUUGGGUUACACUGAAUACGUUUUCCAGCUCUUCGCUCAGUUCUCGAAAGUGAAUAGAUGUGGUAUGUUCGUGUUUUGUGCGGUAUUGUUCCAUAUUUUAUUGAGUUUGUCUCGAAAUUAAAGUUUAAUAUUGUGACGCACUUGUGGAAUGUUAUGUUUGUUUUUGUAAACCAUCCAAUUUCUGAUUUUGUAUAAUAAAAUUGACUCGAAGUACCAAAGAAUGUAA